ACUACCCAGCCAACCAGGCCAUCUGAGAGGGGCAAACCAAUCUGGUCCGUGCGUUUUGCUCUCCUCAGUCCCACUUUUCACCACAGCCGUUCGAUGCGUAAAAGAUUUCCUCACCUGUUGGUUUUCUUAGAUAGUCCAUGACUCGUGGACCAGACCUGUGUGGGACCGACAGACAGAGGCAGCAAGGAUAGCUUGUUUGGGUCACACUCUUUUCCUACGCGCGUGGGGCACGGUGAAACCCUAGAUCGAUCAACCACUCCCCCAGCCCAAUCGGUUGGCCAACCAAAAGCCUCAUCUCUCCCCAAUCCCGUGCCGUCUCUCCUCCUCCGACCGCCGUCGUCCCCAACUGCCCCGCGCAACGUCCUCUCCGUCGUCGUCCCCAACUGCCCCGCGCUCGUCCACGUCUGCCUCCAGACCGGCUGCUGUCCUGCUCCCCCGAUUCUUGCCGCCUCCUCUCCUCCUCUCCAAGGCGCCGCAGAAGGGAUCAGUGGAGGCUGCACGACGCAGUCGAUGUGAGCCAGGAGGGAGCGCGGGAGCCGCCGCCACCUCCUGCAGUGAGCUCCGAUGGAGGCGGCGACCAGCGGGUGGAGGUGAGGCGGGAGCGGCCGGCGACGGGAUCGCGCGGGGCGGAUCCACGGCGGCGACCGGAGGCGCCGGGCACGGCCGGAGACGGGCCGGCGCGGGGUGGAUCUGCUCCGGCGACGACCGGAGGCGACGGGCUCGCGCGGGGCGGAUCCGCGGAGCUACUUCUCUCGUCACCUUCCUCCCACUUCGCUUUUCUUCUCCUCUCACGUAUUUGGGUCUCUCCCUCUCACCAGGUGGAGGAAGCCAGCGGCGCGCCGCCUCUCCCCCGGAAUGGAGCCGGACGGGGAUGGCCGCGGUCGUGGCCGGAGGAGCUGCCAUAGGAGAGUGCACUUCUCCAACUCCUUCCUCCACCUCGGAUCCAGCCAUCGGUGUGAGCUCCGGGCUGAGCGGGCGGUCGACGGUGGUGGACCGCUCAACAGUGGAAAGCCGGCGGUGGACGAUGUGACGGUACCAGGUCCUUUCGUGUGCAGAGUCGAGGCUGUAGCAGUGACAAUGGUUCUCUCCACAAGUUCCAGAGCCUAUGACUCUUUGCAUCAAUUUGGUCGUGUCAAGGUUGUGGAGCUGCUGUUCGAUUAAAUGUCUUACUGGUAUGUACUCUUCAGUGAAACUUCUCCUCCAGGCAUUAUAUGAGUGUAGGUUCUAUAUGUAAUCAUCCACUUCCGGUAAGUAAAACGACUUACAUGCAUACUUUCGUUUCCGUGUGCUGGACUUUUCUCGCUAAGCAUCAAUGCGCACCGGCAACCGAUGCUAAUAAGUGUCCACUAGGGGAAUAUGAUAAUACAUAUGUAUUCUAGGUUGGAUAUUUCUCUUGAUUGAUUUCUCAGAUGUUCUGAGACUAUUAAAUACUAGGAAAACCCUUGGAUAAUCAAGCUGUUGUCACUUGACUCAUAUAUUUAGUUACAUUUUUAACAGAACUACAGAAGGUCUUAGGUAUUGACUUUCUGAUGAGAAAGUAGCGAUUGGAUGGAUGAGCACAUGCUAGCCAGUGUAGCACUUCUCUGGGCUGGCCGGGGGCGGCGAUGGGUGGAGGGCGCGCUUGGGGCGGCGCUGGCCUAGAGGAGGAGAUACAUCCAUGGGACGCUCGGUCCCAGCUCUCCUUCCUCCCUCCCUGCUCCCAAUCCUAUAUAUUUUAGAUUUAUUUGUGCAAUUUCUUCUGUGCUACUUUAACACACUGGAUCUGGCAAGCACAUAGGCUUGCUUCUUGUUUUGUGAUGAAAAGUGAGCCUGGUAGUAGUGCAAUAUUAUGCAACUUCUGAAUUAUUGGUGACUGAGCUAUAUUU